AUGCCUUCACGCACCUUUCAUGGAAGGGUAACUUUGGGCCAGGGCCUAGACAAAGAGGUCUAUCAAAUUGUUCGGAAGCUCGCCGACGAAGACGCACAGUAUGACCAGCAAACGAAAUCGUCUAUCUCCGAUGUCUACGACAAGAUCAAGAGGUCGAAUUCAAGUCUAAAUAGGAAAAGCAAAAAGUUGUUGGAGGAUAGCAUAGGCAGGGUGCUCGACGUAUUGAAACAAGAAGCGGAGAGCGAAGAUGAGAUUGGGUCCAUUGAGGGCGACUUUCCUGACAUACAGAAAACGGAUGUAUUGAUUGCAAAUGGUAUGAACAAGAGAAUCGUGGGUUCGUGGUCGAAAGAUGCUUCGAAAAUGAAUGGAAGCCAGACACUUUCCACUGAGGAGCAGGCAGCCCAGUCCAUAGCACCAGUGUCGAAGAAGCGUCAAAUGAACGGCGAACCCAUGAUGAAGCGGCGAAAAGCAGCUUCAGAGGUUGACCGCUCACCACCAACGCAUGUCAGCCUGGCAGACCUCGGAGGAGUCGACACUGUCAUCCAAGAUCUGAAGGAUUUAAUCGUCCUACCUUUAUUCAGGCCUGAUAUCUACAUGAACUCAAAGAUACAACCACCUCGCGGUAUUCUUCUCCAUGGACCUCCUGGAUGUGGAAAAACCAUGAUUGCAAAUGCUCUCGCUGCGGAGCUUGGCGUACCUUUCAUCUCACUGUCUGCUCCUUCAUUGGUGUCUGGUAUGUCUGGGGAGUCGGAGAAAGCAUUACGAGACCACUUUGAAGAGGCGAAGAAGAUGGCACCUUGUCUCGUCUUCUUGGACGAAAUAGACUCAAUUACUCCUAAAAGAGAAAAUGCGCAGCGCGAAAUGGAGAAACGCAUUGUUGCUCAACUUCUCACAUGUAUGGACCAGUUGGCCUUGGAGCAGACGGGUGGAAAGGCAGUGAUCAUUCUUGCCGCUACUAAUAGACCCGAUUCGCUCGAUCCUGCUUUAAGGCGAGGCGGUCGAUUCGAUAAAGAGAUCAAUCUUGGAGUACCGAGUGAAGCAGUUCGUGGGCAAAUUCUACGAGCAUUGACCAGGCAGAUGGCUUUGUCCGAUGACUUCGAUUUCCGCCAUCUAGCCAAACUUACGCCUGGAUUUGUGGGUGCUGAUCUCAGCGACCUGGUCUCUACGGCGGGCUCGGCAGCUAUAAAAAGAUUCUUAGACACGCUCGAGAUAGAGAGUAGUGACAUGGAUGUUGACACUGGUGAUGCCCCAGUCUCGGAGACGGUCUUAGAACUGCGGCGACUAAUAAAACGGGCAAAGGAGCCUCCCGGCCCAGAAAGGGCCGCUAUUUUGAUCACAACUGGUGACUUCUUGACUGCAUUGCCCAAGAUACAACCUUCAUCUAAACGCGAAGGAUUUGCUACAAUCCCUGGUACUACUUGGGCAGACAUUGGAGCCUUGCGGCCCGUUCGUGAAGAACUUCUUACUGCAAUUGUUGAGCCAAUCAGGAGUCCCGAAAAAUACGAGCGGGUGGGCAUUACGGCGCCUACAGGGGUUCUUUUAUGGGGUCCGCCCGGUUGUGGGAAGACAUUGCUUGCCAAGGCUGUGGCGAACGAGUCAAGAGCCAACUUCAUCAGCGUCAAAGGGCCCGAACUUCUCAACAAGUAUGUGGGUGAAUCAGAGAGAGCGGUACGCCAAGUGUUUGUACGAGCCAGGUCAAGCAUACCUUGCGUUAUUUUCUUCGACGAAUUAGACGCGCUGGUGCCCAAACGUGAUGACAGCCUUUCGGAAUCGUCCGCAAGAGUAGUCAAUACACUGCUUACCGAGCUCGACGGCCUGAGCAGUCGACAGGGAAUCUAUGUAAUUGCUGCAACCAACCGCCCAGACAUCAUAGAUCCUGCAAUGCUUCGGCCUGGCAGACUCGAGACUUUGCUCUUCGUUGACCUACCUGAAGAGGCGGAAAGAGUCGAGAUCCUACAGACCCUGAGCCGCAAUCUCUCGAUACCAUUCACCGAUGCAAUCGCGGAUGUUGCCCGAGCAUGUGAAGGCUUCAGCGGUGCGGACUUGGAGAGUCUACUGCGCAGGGCCGGGUAUGCGGCCAUCAAGCGUAAUGACGAUAUCAAGUUAGAAGACUUCAUGACUGCACGACAGAAGAUCAGGCCCAGUGUUGGCGACAGAAGAAAAUACGAUAAAUUGAAAGUGCAGUGGGGUGCAGGUCUAUCAGGCUAG